AUGCAUGCCGCCGCCGCCGCCAUGUUGACCAACACUGGCCUUCUGGCGGCGGCCGCCACCGGCUUGGUGAUGGUGCUCAUGUCCCGCCGUCAGCGCCGCCAAGAGUACUAUGUUGUCGACGAGACGAUCGGCGAGCGCCUCAAGGUUGUGACCAAGACCUCGCCCACCGAAAAGGCCACCCCGGAGUUUGUUGCCGAUGUCGUCGCUGACAUGCGCGCGAGCUUCAUGUCUGGCAUCUCCCUGCCCGUGGAGACGCGCAAGGCCCAGCUGCGAGCCCUGCGUCAAUUCUUUGUCGACCAAAAGGAAAACAUCAUCGCGGCUUUGGCUGCCGAUCUCGACCGCCCCCGCCUCGAGGCCAUCAUGUAUGACUGGGCCCUGCCCGUCGCCGAGAUCGACAACAUGCUGGCUGAUCUCGAUGAUUAUCUCGAGCCCGAACCCUGCGAGCAGCAUAUCCUGUCUUUCCCAGCCAAGCAAUAUCUGCAACCCGAUCCUCUUGGCGUUGCGCUCAUCAUCGGUACCUGGAACUUCCCUCUCCAGCUCGAGCUCGUGCCCCUCAUUGGUGCCAUUGCUGCUGGCAACACGGCCAUUGUCAAGCCCUGCGUUAUCAGCCGCAACUGUGCUGAGCUGGUGCAGCGUGAGCUGCCCAAGUACCUGGACCCCCGCAUUGUCCAUGUCCUCGGCGCCUUUGAGGAGCGCGACUCACCCGUCACCAACGAGCUGCUCAAGCACAAGUUUGAUGUCAUCUUCUUCACCGGUUCGCCCAAGGUUGGCCGUGUCAUCAUGGAGGGAGCGGCCAAGAACUUGACGCCGUGCAUUCUGGAACUUGGCGGCAAGAACCCUGUUUACGUGGACAAGUCGGCCGAUGUUACCCUCGCCGCCAAGCGCUGUGUUUGGGGCCGCAACCUCAAUGCUGGACAGCAAUGCAUUUCCCCCGACUUUGUGUUGUGCCACGAGGCCGUGCUUGACAAGUUCUUGUCUGAAUGCCGUCGCUUUGUGGCCGAAUUCUAUGGCCCUGAUCCCAGCACCAGCGGGAGCGUUGGCAAGAUUGUGGGUGAGCGCCAAAUUGAACGUAUCGCCGACCUCAUUGAAACCACCAAGGGCAAGUUUGUCGUUGGUGGCGACUACAACAAGGAGACCCGCUAUGUGGCGCCGACUGUGGCGCAUGUCGCCAUGGAUGACGUUUUGAUGGAGGAUGAGAUUUUCGGCCCCAUCCUCGCGGUGGUGGGCGUGCCCAAUGCCCAGGCCGCGCUGACGGAGAUCCGUUCGCGCCCCGAACCCCUGGCCUUGUAUGUGUUUGCCGAGGACAAGACCACCCAGGAGCUCUUCCUGCACAACACGGCCUCGGGCGGUGUUACAGUCAACCAUUGCAUCUUCCACGUGGCCAAUGUGCGCUUGCCAUUUGGUGGCGUCGGUAACUCGGGCAUGGGCUCCUACCACGCCAAGAAAACGUUUGAUGCAUUUAGCCACCCCAAGCCCGUGGUCAUCAAGUCCAAGUGGGCCGACUUUGGCAUCAUCUCUGAUCCCUUCUACCUCUACCCGCCUUGGAACUCUGUCAAGGAAUGGAUCCUCAGCGCUUCCCAGCCGCUCAUCUAGACGUCAAAACGCAUCGCUGAGGCGCAAUACUUGAAUUUGUGCCUUGUUUGUGAGCGUCAAUCCCUUUUGCGUGCUUUGUUCCUUCUUUUUGCAUGGCAAAACUGAAAUGGCGACAUUGACAAAUC